UGAGCCUUUGCGUCAGCCGCGGGCGGCGGUCAGUGUAUGGUGAACCAAGCCCGCUUAAAAGGGAGGACGUUGAGGACACCGUGGCUGGAGGGAGAGACAGCUGGAGGAGACAUGGCAGGUUUCGUGCGCGGCCUGCGCUGCUGUCACACAGCAUCCCCCUGAAGUGUUUCCUCGUCCGCCCCCUCCCCGAGGGGCGGGGCUGACCACUCUGGUACCCAGAGCCCGCGCGUGGGUGACAUAGGAGCGCCCCUGCAGAGUGGGGAACCCACCAGGCUGUGCCAUGCCGGCCAGGGGCCACCGAGGCGGGAGACAGAACGCGACCAAGCGCUUCUGAGUGAUCACCAAGCAGCAGUCGCCUCAGGGCAGCUCGGUAACCGCAGGAGGGAAGAUGAAGGAGAUUUGCAGGAUCUGUGCCCGGGAGCUGUGCGGAAACCAGCGGCGCUGGAUCUUCCACACAGCAUCCAAGCUCAACCUCCAGGUUUUGCUGUCGCACGUCCUAGGCAAGGAUGUCUCCCGCGAUGGCAAAGGUGAGUUUGCAUGCAGCAAGUGUGCUUUCAUGCUUGAUCGGAUCUAUAGAUUCGACACCGUCAUUGCCCGGAUCGAAGCCCUUUCUAUUGAGCGCUUGCAGAAGCUGCUGCUGGAGAAGGACCGCCUCAAGUUCUGCAUUGCGAGCAUGUAUCGGAAGAAUAAUGAUGACACUGGCCCGGAGACCAAGGCGGGGAAUGGAACUGUUGACAUUUCCGGCUUACCCGAUGUGAGAUACUCUGCACUGCUCCAGGAAGACUUUGCCUAUUCAGGGUUUGAGUGUUGGGUAGAAAAUGAGGAUCAGAUUCAGGAGCUACAUAGCUGUCAUGCUUCGGAAGGCCCUGGUAACCGACCCAGGAGAUGCCGUGGCUGUGCAGCUUUGCGGGUUGCAGAUUCUGACUAUGAAGCUAUUUGUAAGGUGCCUCGAAAGGUGGCCAAAAGUAUCUCAUGUGGCCCUUCUACCAGGUGGUCCACCAGCAUUUGCACUGAAGAACCAGCUUUGUCUGAAGUUGGGCCACCGGAUUUAUCAAUUUCUAAGGUUCCCCCAGAUGGAGAAAGCAUGGAGGAAGAGACACCGGGAUCCUCUGUGGAGUCUUUGGAUGCAAGUGUCCACGCUAGUCCUCCACAGCAAAAGGAUGAGGAACCUGAGAGAAGUGCAAAGGAACUUGUAAAGUGUGACUGUUGUUCAGAGGAACAGGCUUCACAGCAUACGUGUAACCCCAAGCUGGAGCUAGUUCUUAGCAUGAUUAAAGGUCUUGAUUAUAAGCCCAUCCAGAGCCCCCGAGGGAGCAAGCUUCCUAUUCCAGUGAAAUCCAGCCCACCUGGAGCCAGGCCCGGCCAUGUCAUGACAGAUGGAGUUAGUUCUGGCUUCCUUAACAGGUCUUUGAAACCCCUUUACAAGACACCUGUGACUUAUCCCUUGGAGAUUUCAGACCUGCAGGAGCUGUGGGAUGAUCUCUGUGAAGAAUAUUUGCCACUUCGGGUCCAGCCUGUGACCAUGACUGAAGAGUUACUCAAACAACAAAAGCUGAAUUCAGAUGAGACUGCUAUAACUCAGCAGUCUGUAUCUGAUUCCCAUUUGGCAGAACUCCAGGAAAAAAUCCAACAAACUGAGGCCACCAACAAGAUUCUUCAAGAAAAACUGAAUGAAAUGAGCUGUGAACUAAAGUCUGUUCAGCAGUCAUCUCAGAAGCAAGAUAGUACAAUUCAAAGCCUCAAGGAAACUCUGAAAAGCAGGGAAAGCGAGACUGAGGAGUUGUACCAGGUGAUUGAAGGUCAAAACGACACAAUGGCAAAGCUUCGAGAAAUGCUGCACCAGAGCCAGCUUGGACAACUGCAUACCUCUGAGGGUACUUCCCCAGCUCAGCAACAGGUGGCUCUGCUUGAUCUUCAGAGUGCUUUAUUCUGCAGCCAGCUUGAGAUCCAGAAGCUUCAGAGGGUGGUACGACAAAAAGAACGGCAACUGACUGAUGCCAAACGCUGUGCGAGAUUUGUAGAGGUGGCGGCAGAGGAGAGAGAGCAGCAGAAAGAGGCUUCUUGGAAACAUAACCAGGAAUUGCGAAAAGCCUUGCAGCAGCUACAGGGAGAAUUGCAGAAUAAGAGCCAACAGCUUCAUACUCUAGAGUCUGAAAAAUGCAAUGCGAUUAGAAUCCAAGAGCAACACAUUCAGCACCUCAACCACAGUCUGAGUCACAAAGAGCAGCUGCUUCAGGAAUUUCGGGAACUCCUGCAGUACCGAGAUAACUCGGACAAAACCCUUGAUGCGAAUGAAAUGUUGCUUGAGAAGCUUCGGCAAAGAAUCCAAGAUAGAGAUGUUGCUCUAGAGCGGGCUAUAGAUGAGAAGUUCUCCAGUCUAGAAGAAAAAGAAAAGGAACUGCGCCAACUUCACCUUGCUGUGAGGGAACGAGAUCAUGACUUAGAGAGACUGCGAGGUGUUCUCUCCUCUAAUGAAGCUACUAUCCAGAGUAUGGAGAGUCUUCUGAGGGCCAAAGGCCUGGAAGUGGAACAGUUAUCUGCUACCUGUCAGAACCUCCAAUGGCUGAGAGAAGAAAUGGAAACCAAAUUUAGCCACUGGCAAAAGGAGCAAGAAAGUAUCAUUCAGCAGUUGCAGACAUCUCUGCAUGACAGGAACAAAGAAGUGGAGGAUCUUAGUGCAACGUUGCUCUGCAAACUCGGACCAGGGCAGAGUGAGAUAGCUGAGGAGCUGUGCCAGCGUCUACAGCGAAAGGAGAGGAUGCUGCAGGACCUUCUAAGCGAUCGAAACAAACAAGCAGUGGAAUAUGAAAUGGAGAUUCAGGGCCUGCUUCAGUCCAUGAGCACCAGGGAGCAGGAGAGCCAAGCUGCUGCAGAAAAGAUGGUACAAGCCCUGAUGGAAAGAAAUUCAGAAUUACAGGCCCUGCGCCAGUAUCUGGGAGGGAAAGAUUUCACAAUGUCCCAAGCACUCAUAUCUAACCGACCAGCCGAAGUUACCUCCAUCAGCCCCCAUCUUGGAGAGCAGACUGAUCAAGGUUUGAUGCAUAUACCCUCCAGAGAUGAUAGCACUUCAUUGACUGCCAAAGGGGAUGUCAGCAUACCCAGGUCCUCAGGAGGAGACUUGGAUACAGUCACAGGGCUAGAAAAAGAACUGAGCAGUGCCAAAGAGGAACUUGAGCUCAUGGCUAAAAAAGAGAGAGAAAGUCGGAUGGAGCUUUCUGCCCUCCAGUCCAUGAUGGCUGUGCAAGAGGAAGAGCUGCAAGUGCAGGCUGCUGAUCUGGAGUCUUUGACCAGGAACAUACAGAUUAAAGAAGACCUCAUAAAGGACCUGCAGAUGCAGCUGGUUGAUCCUGAAGACAUCCCGGCUAUGGAACGCCUGACCCAAGAAGUCUUACUCCUUCGGGAAAAAGUUGCUUCAGUGGAAUCACAGGGUCAGGAAACUUCUGGAAACCGAAGACAACAAUUGUUGCUGAUGCUGGAAGGACUGGUAGAUGAACGGAGUCGACUCAAUGAAGCCCUACAAGCAGAGAGACAGCUCUAUAGCAGUCUGGUGAAGUUCCAUGCACAUCCAGAGAGCUCUGAGAGAGACCGAACUCUGCAGGUGGAACUAGAAGGGGCCCAGGUGUUACGCAGUCGGCUAGAAGAAGUCCUUGGAAGAAGCCUGGAGCGCUUAAGCAGGCUGGAGACCCUGGCCGCCAUUGGAGGUGCAGCUGCGGGGGACGACACGGAGGACGCGAGCACGGAGUUCACCGACAGUAUUGAGGAGGAGGCUGCGCACAAUAGCCACCAGCAGCUCAGCAAGGUGGCUUUGGAGAAAAGCCUGGCAGCUGCGGAGACCCAGAGCGCAUCUCUCACGCCCCCUUCCCCGGCAGGAGGGGACAGUAACAGGGGUCUUCAGGAGGAAAUGCUCCACCUGAGGGCUGAGGUCCACCAGCACUUAGAGGAGAAGAGGAAAGCUGAGGGGGAACUGAAGGAGCUAAAGGCUCAAAUUGAGGAAGCAGGAUUCUCCUCGGUGGCCCACAUCAGGAACACCAUGCUGAGCCUUUGCCUUGAGAAUGCAGAGCUGAAAGAGCAGAUGGGAGAAGCAAUGUCUGAUGGAUGGGAGAUGGAGGAAGACAAGGAGAAGGGCGAGGUGAUGGUGGAGACUGUGGUUGCCAAAGGGGGUCUGAAUGAGAAUAGCCUUCAGGCUGAAUUCAGAAAGCUCCAGGGAAAACUGAAAAACGCCCACAAUAUCAUCAGCCUCCUCAAAGAACAGCUGGUGCUGAGCAGCAAGGAAGGGAAUAGUCAACUUAGUCGCGAGCUCCUUGUGCACCUGGCCAGGGAAAUCGACAGGAUGAACACGGGGCUGGUUUGCGCUCCUGGAAAGCACCGAUGCCAAGAAGAGGAGGAUGUAACCAUGAGGUCCUGCCCCAGGCCCCAGAGCCUUGACCUGGGGACUGCCCUCACAGAGGAUGCCCACCAACUGGAUAACGGGCCCCAGGCCUGUGACCCUGGGCCUCAGUCAGAAUUUAGCCUCCUGGGAUCCACCAAGCACCUGCGCUCCCAGUUGGCACAAUGCAGACAACGCUAUCAAGAUCUCCAGGAGAAGCUGCUGAUAUCAGAAGCCACUGUCUUUGCCCAAGCUAACCAGCUGGAGAAAUACAGAGUCAUGCUGAGUGAAUCCCUGGUGAAGCAGGACAGCAAGCAGGUGCAAGUAGACCUCCAGGACCUGGGCUAUGAGACUUGUGGCCGAAGCGAGAAUGAGGCUGAACGGGAGGAGAGCACCAGUCCUGAGUGUGAGGAGCAUGACAGCCUCAGGAAAACAGUCCUAAUGGAGGGGCUGUGUUCUGAGCAAGGACACCUGGGCUCCACACUGGCCAGCCCCCCUGGCAAGAAGCCUUUGGAGAACCAGCAGGGGAAGCCGGAGGAGUUCCAGGCAUAUGGAAAGUCAGAAGACAUGUGUGUACUACGUAAGGACAUCAAAGACCUGAAGGCCCAGCUGCAGAAUGCCAACAAGGUCAUUCAAAACCUGAAGAGCCGGGUCCGGUCCCUCUCAGUUACAAGCGAUUAUUCAUCUAGUCUGGAGAGACCCCGGAAGCUGAAGGCUGCUGGUACCCUUGAGGGAUCUUCACCACACAGUGUCACUGAUGAGGACGAAGGAUGGUUGUCUGAUGGCACAGGGGCUUUCUACCCCCCAGGGCUUCAGGCUAAAAAGGAUCUGGAGAGUCUGAUCCAGAGGGUAUCCCAGCUGGAAGCCCAGCUUCCAAAAACUGGAACAGAAGGGAAGCUGGCCGAGGAGCUGAGAUCAGCCUCGUGGCCUGGGAAAUAUGAUUCCCUGAUUCAGGACCAGGCCCGAGAACUCUCUUACCUACGCCAGAAAAUACGAGAAGGGAGAGGUAUCUGUUAUCUUCUUACCCAGCAUGCGAAAGACACAGUAAAGUCUUUUGAGGACCUCCUAAGGAGCAAUGACAUUGACUACUACCUGGGGCAGAGCUUCCGGGAACAACUUGCCCAAGGAAGCCAGCUGACAGAGAGGCUUACCAGCAAACUCAGCACCAAGGAUCAUAAAAGUGAGAAAGAUCAAGCUGGACUUGAGCCGCUGGCCUUGAGGCUCAGCAGGGAGCUGCAGGAGAAGGAGAAAGUGAUUGAAGUCCUACAGGCCAAGCUGGACGCCCGGUCCCUAACGCCCUCCAGCAGCCAUGCUUUGUCUGACUCCCACCGCUCUCCCAGCAGCUCCUCCUUCCUGUCUGAUGAGCUGGAAGUCUGCUCUGACAUGGACAUAGGCAGCGAAUACACACACUAUGAAGAGAAGAAAGCUUCACCUGGUCACUCAGAUUCCAUCCAUCACUCAAGUCACUCUGCUGUACUGUCUUCUAAACCAUCAGCAACCAGUGCAUCUCAGGGGGUUAAGGCCGAACCCAGCAGCAAUCCCAUCAGCUUGCCUGCUCCCCUGAAUCCCCCCCAGGAGGCCAGCCAGGCCCAUCCAGGUGCAAGCACUGUUCCUACUGCUUCCCAAGCCACGCUGCCAAACAGCCACUUAGAAGCCAACUCUUCCCACUACCUCAAACCUGCCCAGCCCCUGUCUCCUCCAAGGGGCACCACAGAACUGGGUGGAAUACUGGAGCCUGGACACCUGGGUAGCAGUGGCCAGUGGGACCUGAUGAGGCCUCAGAAAGGGAGCAUAAAUGGGGACCUGUCCUCAUGUUUCUCCAUGUAUCAGCUCAACUCCAAACCCACAGGGGCUCACCUGCCACAGGAGCAUCUUGGUGAAAUCCGGAACCUUAGCCAGCACCUGGAGGAGUCCACCAUUUUUAAUGACCGCCUGAGGGAGCAGCUGCAACACAGGCUCAGCUCCACUGCUUCUGGGUCAGGAUCCCCCUCGACCUUCUCCAGUCCGGGCCUGCAGUCCACACCUCAGCUCUACAAUGAGGACAGAGUCCUGAGGGAAGAAAACCAGAGCCUUCGGGCUCAGCUGGGUCACGUUUCCAGAGAGCACUCCCAGGAAACAGAAUGCCUGAGGGAGGCUCUGUUGACCUCUCAAUCCCGGCUUCAAGAACUGGAAAUGGAGCUGGAGCACCAGAAGGUGGAGCAGCAGCAGCUUUUGGAAGACUUGAAGGAGAAGCAGGAGGAGAUCUUGCAUUUCCAGGAGGAACGACUGUCUCUCCAGGAGAAAGACUCCAGGCUGCAGCAUAAGCUGGCCCUCUUGCAGCAACAGUGUGAAGAGAAACACCAGCUCUUCCAGUCCCUCCAGUCAGAGCUACAGAUCUACGAGGCACUUUAUGGAAAUUCCAAGAAGGGGCUGAAAGCUUACACCUGGGAUGCCUGUCACCAAGUCACUUUAAGCAGUGACUUGAGCCACCUGGUGGCAGAGAUCCGAGCUUUGAGAGGCCAGCUGGAGCAGAGCAUUCAGGGGAACAACUGCCUGCGACUGCAGCUUGAACAGCAGUUGGAUGGUGGCUCCAGGAAAGCCAGCCUCAGCCCCUCCUCCGUCAACCAGAACUUCCCUGCCAACACUGACUCUGGAAGCAAGCAGCCGCUCUUCCAAGAUUCAGUUGCCUCCCCUCCAGUUCGGGAUGUGGGCAUGAAUUCUCCAGCUCUGGUCUUCCCCAGCUCUUCUUCUGCUCCUCCUGGCUCAGAGACCACAACCUUCAAUAGGACAAAUGAGCUGGGUUUGGAUGCUUCUCCAGUGAUGAAGAACCCUCACCCUCCCAAGCUGGAAGGUGAUGCUACUGACGGCUGCUUUGCCAAUAAGCAUGGCCGCCAUGUCAUUGGACACAUUGAUGACUACAGUGCCCUAAGACAGCAGAUUGAGGAGAGCAGUCUGCUGGUCAAGAAGAUAGCAUCUCUCAUGAGAUCAACCUGCAACUUUCCUGGCCUUGAAGCUCCAGGCCCAGAGGAGAUGGGCAGCAAAGGUGUCCAUGAGCUCCUGAGCAGCACCAACACUCUGCACCAGCGGCUGGAGGAGUCGACCUCCCUCCUCACCAUGUUCUGGCGAGCAGCCUUGCCAAGCUCCCAAGGCCCUGCACUGGCUGGCAAAGUGGGAGAGUCCGUGAAAAGGGAGCUUCUGGAACUGAAAACCAAACUAUCCAAACAGGAGAGUCUACUUCAAAGCACGACUGAGCGUCUAAAGACUGCCAACCAGCAGAAGGAGAGCAUGGAGCAGUUCAUCUUCAGCCAGUUGACCAGGACUCAUGAUGUUUUGAAGAAGGCAAGGACUAACUUGGAGGAGCCAUACAAGACUCGAAGCCACUCAAAACAGCAGGAAGGAUGGGCCUGCCCGCCUUUUGCACAGCUCCCUGUCUGCUGAGGAGGAUCAGGGUCCCCUCCUCUACACCUGAUGAAAGAAGUCAGAGAUGUAGCCUGGUGGGGCAGGGCGAAAGGCAGAGGGCCUUCCCUGUACUUGUGGCAUAACCAGCCGCAGUUGCGGAAUAACCUGGCCCACUUGGCCCAGCGCUAAGCAAAACAUGCAUAGCUUGUAGAGGACCUCGUGACACUGCUUCUGAACACGCCUAAGGCAUGGGAACCAGCAACAGCACAUUUCUCACCUCAGCACCCAUCCUCAGCAGGUCAACUUGGGGGAAGGAGGGCCUGCCUCCUAGGAAUGGGACAUGAGGUCCCGACACUGGAGCUCCUGGGCAGAUCUAAAAGCACAGGACUGAGCAGCAGUGCCCUGCUGGACAGUGUGGCCUGAGCCCUACGACCUAACUGGGGGCCAGCACAGCUGAGUCACAAUCAGGCUGGGCAUCAGUCUACACUGCAACACCUGAGUUAUUUGAAUCCAUGUGGUGAGAGGUGACUCCGAGAUGCCGUCUCAUGCUCAGCCUGUACCUCCUGUUUCUAUUCCUUCGUGAUCUCCAAAAAGUGUUCUGACCUCACUCUGAAGAUACUGUCCCAUUUUGUCCUCCUACCUUCUCUCUGGAACUGGGGACUGAUGGCCACACCAAGCCCACUGAAAGUCUUGUGUAAAGCAAACCAGUGAUCAUUUUAAGUGAUAUAUCUGAGGGCCCCAAUUGUGCUAAAGCAUAGUCUGUAUCUUUACAGUGCUUUAGAAUGUCUGUAUGUGUGUAUAAAUGUAUCAUACAUAUUUAUAUAUGUUGCUAUAGCAGUAUGUGUGUAAGCUAACAUAACUGGUGGACAGGGUCAGUGAGAGAAAAUGGAAACGUCUUGUUGGUGGCUAUUAAAGGAAAAUAUGUAUACAGAAAUAAAAUUUAUUUGCUUA